CUGCUGCUGCUGGAUCGACUUCUGCCAUCAGUAUUGCUGCUACAGACACCAGUGACAGACGGGGCGUUCUAAAGUGACUUGGAAGAUGAGGGCUGCCAUCUCACUGCUGGUGCUGCUGCUCUCCAUGUGUGGAGUCCAGACAGAGAGCCACGGCACUGACGCCUCUACCCAGGACGUCUCUACUGAGCUGAAGGAACUCAGAGACUUGGUGGUGGAGCUGAGAGGAUCACUGCGACAUACUCGAGAUGACGUUAAGGUUUUGGAGGCAGAUAAUGUAGCAAUGAAACAAAGGCUUGCAGUCAGUGAGAGUAAAGUGUCGGUACUGGAGGCUGAAAAUGUUGCAGUGAAAGAAAGACUUGUGGCCAGUGAAAGUAAGGUGGAGGCUCUGGAGAGGGUGUUACAGGACACCAAAGCAGAAAUGAAGACGGAGGUGGACAAUCUGAAGAAGGAAAAUGCUGCACAAGAGACAGAGCUGACAGCAGUGAAGAAUAUGGAGAAAGAGAUCAGAGCAGCACCCAAGUUGGCCUUCUCAGCAGGUCUGAGGGAAUCUGGAGAUGGAUACACAGAGGCUGGGAGUAAUAACCUGAACUUAGUGUUCAAGAAAGUCUUCACCAAUGUAGGAGAGGCCUACAGCAGCACAACUGGCUUCUUCACAGCUCCAGUCAGGGGGGUCUACUACUUCAGGUUCACUGUUGUGGAUUUACUGAACUCACGCUACAUGUUUAUCAGGAUGUAUAAGAAUGGGCAGCAGCUCAUGCAGCUGGGAGAGCAUGACACCGAUGGAAUGGCCUCCUAUCUGUCCAGUGGCCUGACUCUGCAGCUGGAGAAGGGAGAUGUAGUGAACAUGGUGCUACCAGCAGGCUACAGGCUCUAUGAUGAUGGUAAUAACCAGAGCACCUUCAGUGGCUUCCUGCUCGUCCCUCUCUGAACACCACAACAUCACCAUGACCACUCACCACUCAUCUUGUAGAUUAUUUGAUUGUAGAAUGAUAAAUAUAAAUCAUUAUCAUGAUCAAAUA